AUGUUCCACUAUUUUCCGAGCAGAAAUCAACCAAACGAGAUUUGCUGUGGAGAACAUACAGACUAUGGUAUGCUGACCAUUCUCAUGCAAGAUGACGUCGGAGGGUUGGAGGUACGAAGUGACGAUGGUAAAUGGAUCCCAGCUCCGCCUAUCCCAGGAACGUUUGUCAUCAAUCUUGGAGAUAUGCUCGAAGUGUGGACGAAUGGUUCAUAUAAAGCCACAACGCAUCAAGUCAGGAAGUCAAAAAGUGGAAGAGAUCGUAUUUCUGUUGCUUAUUUCUUUAACCCGCGGUUAGAAUGCGUCGUCAGCCCUCUUGAGAUGAAGAAUCCACUAAUUCCAUUCAAAGAAAGGGAACUGAAUGGUAAUAUUGAAUUACCAGUAGUCUUUGGAGAAUUUUUAGAAGAAAAGUACCGAGGCACUUUUCCUGACCAUGAUUAUUGA